AUGUAGGUUUCGGCAGUCUUGAUCAGUGCCAAAUAUCCAUAUCCUUCGGUAGACUCUUCGAGUAAUCCAGUAAAUAUGUAUGAGAUCUCUUCGAAAGAUGGUCGUUUAGCAGGUACUUUGUCCCAACAUCUCGUCAUAACUUCAGCUAUUUUGUCCGUAGCAAGUAGUGGUCUUUUUGGCCGAUUGCCAGCUUCCAAAUGAGGAAUAAGGUUCAACGGCUCGAUAUCCUCAAACGGACGCUCACCCAUUGAAUACAUCUCGAAAAGAACAAUACCGUAUGACCAUACGUCACUCUUCACUGAGAACAACUCUCGCUGUAGGCAUUCUAUCGCUAACCACUUUAUCGGCAGGCGACCGCUGGCUGACAACGGCGACUCACCGUCCGUGGUCAGCGAAAGUCCAAAAUCACUGAUCUGCAAUUGUAGAGCUGAAUAA